CAGUACCGUGUUUGUGUGUGUGUGUGUUCCAGAUCAGUCACCAUGACAACCAAGCGAGGACUGAUAACAGAUUCGUUCAAGGUGGUUAAGAAAGCAAGGAGGGGGGGCAAAAAAGAGAAGAGGCCUACUCCUUCUCCUCCUCCACAGAAAGAGGCUGACACUGGAACGGUCCGUGAGGAGGAGCUGCAGAAGCUCAGACAGUUUGAUCUGGACUGGAGAUUUGGGCCCUGCACAGGUAUCAGCAGGCUGCAGAGAUGGGAGAGAGCAAAACUAUAUGGUCUGAACCCACCUGAGGAGAUCAGAUACCUGCUGUCGCAAACACACACCAACCCCGAGUACACCCUGAGCCUGUGGAGCGAAUAUCCUUUGUGAGGAAGACAUUGUGAGGAAGAGAAAAGAGCGCAGCACCAGCAUUUUUACUUAACGGAUACAUUUUGUUGAAAUAUACCUUUCAUUCACCGAGUUAGAUGAAAAAAUAUUGUGAAACGGGCUGCUUCAGCUGCCAUAUAAUGUUAGUUAAGCAUUGCUCACAGCCAGACCGGCUUUAUAAACAAAGCAUAAAUAAGACAGCACCAUAGACAAAAGUCAGGACACCAUGACUACAAUAUAUCUUUACAUAGCAUAUAAUUGUUUGCUGCUAUAUUAAUGUUUAAAUCUCGUAUAUGUAAUCUUUAAAGCCUGAAAAACAGCCUCUUGAGUUUGUGUUUUUGUGGUUUGUUGUACUACCUUGUCUUCUACACAUGGAGUAUUUAUUAACAUUUUUAAUUAAAACAAAUCUACCAGAA